AUGAGGUCGCUCCUUCUAAUUGCAUGUGCAAUAUGCGCCACUUUUGUACAUGCCCUCGUCCCAGACAUCCCUUCUGGCACCAUCACCAGCGCCGCCAACAAGACCCUUCCAAGCAAAAAUCUUCUCGAAGGAUGGUCCGAGGCAACAAAUGCGGCUGCCGACGACCCAUGGACACUCUCUGUUGCUCGAGACGCAAAGCUACUCCAAGGCAUGAGAAGCAGUGACGCUGACGCAGCGAGUCUCUACGGUUUAGAAACAACAGCGGAAUCACCCUUUGACGGUAAUCUCAUCGAAGGGUUGCGGGAAUGGGGCUACAACGAUAACAACGACGCUCUAGCCAAGCAAGCAGACUCUGAGUGCAACUUUGACAGCCGCAACGGCCAUAUGCUCAAGAAAACCUUUACAGAUCUCGGAAUCGGAACAAAUAGCAAGGGCAAAGGUGGACCAAACCAGUGUUUUGCAAUUGAGCACGCCAAUGGUCCAGCUGUCAAGUUAGGAGACAACGGAAAGAUGUCCGAAAAAGCGGACCAGCGGUACGAAGUCUGUGGAAAACAGUACAGAGUCACAAACGCAGAGCAUACAAUCGGCGUUAAUGCAGAGGCUGGAGCCGUAUAUGCUAUGCAACUUUCCUCAGCCGCCAAAGCAGCGCGCAGACUAUGGAAAAGGGCGCCGCUUACUGAAGAACUUCCUGCUAUACGUAGCGUCUCUGACAUUGCAUGGGCGUUUUGGAACCGAGCACAUGAUUUGCAGGGCCUGGACAAUAUCAAGUACCUCUUUGUUGCCAUGAUCAUCAACAAAGAAACCAAUCAACAUGUCAGGCGCGCUUUGGGUACGCUGUCACCUCCAAAAGACGAACCAGAUGGAUGGCCAGGUCAUGACUUCACCAUGGACACGGAUGAAGGAAAAGUGCUACUCGGCUCACUGGUUGGACGAUGGGCAGGGUAUUUCCUGAUACAGCAUAAGCGACAGUUAAGAGGAAACAAGUACAUAGCCAACGUGAGAGUGUUCAAGAGUGAGAAGGAAGGUAGUUGGCCGUACUUCUUAUUCCAUAUCGCCGGCCCUGGUACAGCUCCUAUCUGGAAGCGAAGCGCCAGCACAGAUUCAGUAGAAGGAUAUGUAGAUGCAGGACCAAAGGUUAUCAUGAGAAGUAAGGAUGGAAGAUACAUGGUUAGAGAGCAUUACGUCAAGAAAUUCUGUCAAACAAACACGCACCAACCCUACAUACCCAAACGCAAAAACAAUCGCUUUGCGCAAACCCCUCGUUUCGCAACCACCCCAAACCAUUCUUUCCGAAACCACCAAAGCAACGAAAGAAAGAAAAAAUCAACCAUGGACUCCCUCGGCAGCGGCCUCGGCAACCUCGACCUAUCCAAGCUAUCCGACCGCGACAAGCAAGAACUCCAGCAAUUCGCCAUGAACGAAGGUCAAAAGGCUAGAAUACAAUCUUCCAUCCACUCCCUAACCGACACCUGUUUCCGCAAGUGCAUCCCCACUGGCACUGUUAAAUCAGGCAAGCUGGACAAGUACGAGGAGCCGUGUAUGCGACAGUGUGUGGAUCGGUUUUUGGAUGCGAAUCUGGUGGUUUUGAGGGAGUUGGAGAGGUUGAGGGGAUAA